CCAAGCUACAGGCUGGCUCCUCAGAAGGGCCAUGGAAGAAAAACGGACAGCUUCCGGUGGUCCGUGCAGCUGCGUGGGCCUUACUCUGGACACAGAGCAGGGCAUUAUUUUGUCCUCUGUCAGAUACUCCCACGCAGGAAAAGGAAGCACCUUCUGUCAGAUGCUGUGGCCACUUCCUCUUCAGAGGCCCCAGCCAAUCUCCGCUUUGCAGCUCACAGGGCCGGAGGCAGCUGGACUGCAGGCGCUGGUCGAUUGCACUCCUUUCAGGAGGAGGGCCCCCCCGCUCCUCUCUGGGGUGUGGGGGACAGCAGGGCUUCCUCUCAGCCCCCCUACCCCACCCCGCUCUUGACUCCCUGCUUCAUGUCCCUCAGUCAGCCCGCCUGUCUGUUCCUCUCUAUAGCUCGGUCAAGGAGCGUGAUGACUGGGGAGCAGAUGGCGGCCUUUCAUCCACCAAGCACCCCCAACCCCCUGGAAAGGCCGAUUAAGAUGGGCUGGCUGAAGAAGCAGAGGUCCAUCGUGAAAAACUGGCAGCAGCGGUACUUCGUGCUGAGGGCUCAGCAGCUCUACUACUACAAGGACGAAGAGGACUCCAAGCCGCAGGGCUCCAUGUAUCUGCCAGGCAGUACAGUCAAAGAAAUCGCCACAAACCCCGAAGAAGCUGGCAAAUUUGUCUUCGAAGUUAUUCCAGCCUCAUGUGACCAGAACCGCAUAGGACAAGACUCCUACAUCCUCAUGGCCAGCUCUCAGGUAGAGAUGGAGGAGUGGGUUAAGUUCCUCAGGAGAGUGGCCGGCACGCCCUCUGGAGCGGUGUUUGGCCAGCGCCUGGAUGAGACUGUAGCCUACGAGCAGAAGUUUGGUCCUCACCCGGUGCCCAUCCUGGUGGAGAAGUGUGCAGAGUUCAUCCUGGAGCACGGUGUGAGUGAAGAGGGCAUCUUCCGCCUGCCUGGGCAGGACAACUUAGUGAAGCAGCUGAGAGAUGCAUUCGAUGCAGGGGAACGGCCUUCUUUUGACAGGGACACAGAUGUGCACACGGUUGCCUCUCUAUUGAAGCUCUACCUCCGAGACCUCCCGGAGCCUGUGGUUCCCUGGAGCCAGUAUGAAGGGUUCCUGCUCUGUGGGCAGCUCAUGAACGCGGAUGAGGCAAAGGCUCAGCAGGAACUGGUGAAGCAGCUGUCCAUCCUUCCUCGGGACAACUACAGCCUCCUGAGCUACAUCUGCAGAUUUCUGCAUGAAAUCCAGCUGAACUGUGCCGUCAACAAGAUGAGUGUGGACAACCUGGCCACUGUGAUUGGAGUGAACCUCAUCAGGUCGAAGGUUGAAGACCCAGCUGUGAUCAUGAAAGGGACUCCUCAGAUCCAAAGAGUGAUGACCAUGAUGAUCAGAGACCACGAGGUCCUCUUUCCCAAGUCUAAGGAUGCACCACUGUCACCCCCUGCCCAGAAGAACAACGCCAAGAAGGCUCCAGUGCCCCGGAGCUCUGUGGGAUGGGAUGCCACAGAAGACCCACCACUCUCCAGGACAGACAGCUUCAAUAACACAGCAGGUAGUCCUGAUGCCACCAGCCCCACUGGACCACAGCCAGGUGAGCAGCAUCAGGAGGACAAUGAGAAAGCCCCCAGGGAAAACCCAGGAGACUGGAAGGUGCAAUCCCGCAAAAGGACUCAAACGCUCCCCAACCGCAAGUGUUUCCUGACGUCAGCAUUCCAAGGCACCACUAGCAGCAAACUGGAAAUCUUUAAAAAUGAGUUCUGGUCUCCAUCUACAGAGGCGAAGACAGGGGAAGGGCACAGGAGAACUAUGUCUCAAGACCUGCGCCACCUUUCCAAUGACCAGCGGACUUCUACCUACGAUAAUGUCCCUGCCCCACUAGGGUCCCCAGGGAACCCAGGAGGUACACUCUCUCCUCCUGCCUGUGACUCCAAGAGAGAUGCUCUUGUCAGCACAGACUCUGAAAUGGGGUCUGGAAGCAAGAACUCUGGAGAGGACGACCUCGACUCUUUGCAGAGGAUGGUCCAGCACCUGCAAAAGGAAAUCGAAACCCAGAAGCACAUGUAUGAGGAACAGAUUAAAAACCUGGAGAAGGAAAAUUACGAUGUCUGGGCUAAGGUGGUAAGGCUCAAUGAAGAGCUGGAGGGGGAGAGGAAGAAGUUCGCAGCCCUGGAAAUCAGCCUUCGAAAUGUGGAGCGCUCCAGGGAGGACGUUGAGAGGAGGAACAAGGUCUUGGAAGAAGAAGUCAAGGAGUUUGUGAAGUCAAUGAAGAAGCCCGAGACAAAGACCGAGGCUUGAGGCUCUUAGGUGUGUGGUGGGGACAGUCAACUCUA